CUCCGCGCGCGGGGGCCCGGCCACUCGGAGCAGCUCUGCCGCGGGGACUGCACUGUCCGCCCUGCCAGACCCGUCCCGACUGGGGCUCGCUGUCGCCAGCAGUCACAGCACUGCGACCUCGGGCCCUUCGCCGGCAAUGGCUGCGUCCUGGGGCUGAGCCCACAGGUUGUGUGACCGAGAUUCCCAAAAAGAGAGAGACUGAUACAGAAAGAGAAGAAGGAGGGGCGGGUUCCUGGCAAGGCGUUCGCUCCUGAGCAGAGUCCUGCAAAGAUGGAGAAGGAGGAAGAGACAACCCGGGAGCUGCUGCUGCCCAACUGGCAGGGCAGUGGCUCCCAUGGGCUGACCAUUGCCCAGAGGGAUGAUGGAGUCUUUGUACAGGAGGUGAUGCAGAACUCCCCUGCGGCCCGCACUGGGGUGGUCAAAGAGGGGGACCAGAUUGUGGGUGCCACCAUCUACUUUGACAACCUGCAGUCUGGUGAGGUGACCCAGUUGCUGAAUACCAUGGGGCAUCACACUGUUGGCUUGAAGUUGCACCGUAAAGGGGACCGAUCCCCCGAACCUGGACAGACUUGGACCCAUGAAGUCUUCAGUUCCCGCAGCUCUGAGGUGGUUCUGAGCGGGGAUGAUGAGGACUACCAGCGCAUCUACACCACAAAGAUCAAGCCACGCCUGAGGUCAGAGGAUGGAGUAGAAGGGGACCUUGGGGAGACCCAGAGCCGUACCAUCACAGUGACCAGAAGGGUCACAGCCUACACUGUGGAUGUGACCGGUCGGGAAGGAGUGAAGGACAUUGACAUCAGCAGCCCUGAAUUCAUGAUCAAGAUACCGAGGCACGAAGUGACUGAAAUUUCCAACACAGAUGUGGAAACCCAGCCUGGGAAAACAGUGAUCCGACUGCCAUCGGGAUCCGGGACAGCCUCUCCAACCACGGGCUCUGCUGUGGAUAUCCAGGCAGGUGCCAUUUCUGCCUCAGGACCAGAGCUUGAAGGUGCCAGUCACUCAAAAUUCCAGGUCACUGUACCUGGGACAAAGGUGGGAAGCCUAGAUGUCAAUGUCAAAGCAAAAGGCUUGGACUUGGGUGGCAAAGGAGGGAUCCAAGUUCCAGGAGUGGACGUUUCGUCUUCUCUUGGGGCUGGCUCAGUAGAGGUACAGGGCCCAUCCCUCCAGAGUGGUGAUAUUGGGAAAGUUAAAAUUCCUACCAUGAAGAUGCCAAAAUUUGGUGUUUCAGCAGGCCUGGAGGGCCAGAUACCAGAGGGAGGGCUGAAUGUUUCUGCACCUGAAUUCUCUGUGGGACACAAGGGUGAUAAGCCAGGCUUGGCUAUUGGGGGAAACAUCCAGGCUCCUCAUCUGGAAGUAAGUACCUCCUCUGUCAAUAUUGAGGGGCUUGAGGGGAAGCUGAAGGGUCCCCCCCAGAUCACUGGGCCAUCACUUGAGGGUGACUUAGGCCUGAAAGGUACCAAGCUGCAAGGAAACAUAGGAAUGGAUGAUGCCUGUGCUUCCAAAAUUGAGGGCAGCAUCACUGGUCCCCGUGUGGAAAUUGGAACCCCUGAUGUUGCUGUUCAUGGGCUAGGGGGAAAACUGAAUGUGCCUAAGUUCUCUGCAUCAGGUUCAAAGGGAGAGGGAGUUGGCAUUGAUGUGGCACUGCCCACAGGCAAAGUGACCCUUCCUGGGGUCUCUGGGGAUGUCAAUCUGCCUGAGAUUGCUACUGGUGGGCUUGAAGGGAAGAUGAAGGGUGCUAAAGUCAAGACUCCUGAAAUGAUUGUCCAGAAACCUAAAAUCUCCAUGCAGGAUGUGGAUCUGAGCCUUGGGUCCUGUAAACUGAAAGGAAAUAUGAAGGUAUCUGCUCCCGAGGUGAAAGGUGGUGUUAAAGGCCCUCAGGUGGCAGUUAAAGGCUUCGGAGUGGACACUGAGACACCAAACUUAGAGGGGACCUUAACAGGACCCAAGCUCAGCAGCCCUUCUGGAAAAAUAGGGACCUGUAGGAUUUCUAUGGCAGAUGUAGACUUAAAUGUAGCUGCACCUAAAGGGAAAGGGGGUAUAGAUGUCACUCUCCCCAAAGUAGAAGGAAAAGUCAAAGGUCCUGAAGUUGAUGUCAAAGGCCCCAAAACAGACAUCAGUGCUCCAGGUGUGGAAGUUCAUGGUCCAGAAUGGAACUUGAAGAUGCCCAAGUUCAGCAUCCCAGGAGUCAAAGGAGAAGGUCCAGACGUAAAUGUUCCUUUGGCCAAAGGAGAUAUCAGUCUUUCAGGGCCUAAGGUCAAUGUAGAAGCUCCAGAUGUCAAUGUGGAAGGUCUGGGUGGCAAACUUAAAGGCCCUGACAUUAAUCUUCCUGAAGGAAGUGUCAAGACUCCAAAGAUUUCUAUGCCUGAUGUGGAUCUGCACAUCAAAGGGCCAAAGGUGAAGGGAGAGUAUGAUGUAACAACACCAAAGCUUGAGGGGGAACUGAAAGGCCCCAAAGUGGACACUGAGAUCCCACAAGUGGAUGUGCAUGGCCCAAACCUGAAGAUUCCCAAGAUGAAGAUGCCCAAAUUCAGUGUGCCAGGGCUCAAAGCAGAGGGCCCAGAAGUGGAUGUGAACCUGCCCAAGGUAGACAUCGACAUUUCUGGGACUAAGGUGGAGGUCAGUGCUCCAGAUGUAAGCAUUGAAGGACCAGAAGGGAAGUUGAAAGGGCAUAAGUUUAAAAUGCCUGAAAUGAAUAUUAGAGCUCCAAAGAUCUCCAUGCCAGAUGUGGACUUACACUUAAAAGGCCCCAAUGUAAAGGGAGAAUAUGAUGUCACAGUGCCAAGGGCAGAAGGUGACAUUAAAGUUCCUGAUGUUGAACUUAAAAGUGCUAAAGUAGACAUUGAUGUUCCAAAUGUGGAUGCUCAAGGUCCUGAAUUGCAUAUGAAGAUGCCCACGAUAAAAAUGCCCAAGUUUGGCAUGCCAGGCUUCAAGGCAGAGAGCCCAGAAGUGGAGAUGAAUCUCCCUAAGGCUGACAUUGAUGUCUCAGGACCCAAGGUGGACGUCAAAGUUCCAGAUGUGAACACUGAAGGACUGGAAGGAAAACUGAAGGGUCCUAAGCUGAAGAUGCCCGAGAUGAACAUCAAGGCCCCAAAGAUCUCCAUGCCUGACGUGGAUUUGCAUAUGAAAGGUCCCAAGGUAAAAGGAGAGUAUGAUGUCACAAUGCCAAAGCUGGAAGGAGACUUGAAAGGCCCCAAAGUAGAUGUCAGUGCUCCAGAUGUUGAUGUUCAUGGUCCUGAUUGGAACAUGAAAAUGCCAAAGAUUAAAAUGCCCAAAUUUACCAUGCCUAGUCUCAAAGGAGAAGGCCCAGAGUUGGAUGUGAACAUGCCCAAAGCUGAUGUGGACAUUUCUGUACCAAAGCUAGAUAUUAGUGCUCCAGACUUGAACCUUGAGGGACCAGAAGGGAAGUUGAAAGGCCCCAAAUUUAAGAUGCCUGAGAUGCACUUCAAGGCUCCAAAGAUGUCCCUACCAGAUGUGGACCUGGAUCUCAAAGGACCCAAAAUGAAAGGAAAUGUAGACAUAUCUGCACCAAAAAUAGAGGGAGAGAUGAAAGUUCCAGAUGUGGACAUUAAAGGUCCAAAUGUGGAUGUUCAGGGCCCAGACUGGAGCCUGAAGAUGCCAAAGAUGAAAAUGCCCAAGUUCAGUAUGCCUACUCUCAAAGGUGAGGGCCCGGAUGUGGAUGUGAGCCUGCCUAAGGCUACUAUUGAUGUCUCAGGACCUAAACUUGACAUUGAAACCUCAGAUGUUAGCCUUGAGGGCCCAGAAGGAAAGCUGAAGGGCCCCAAGUUUAAGAUGCCUGAUAUGCAUUUCAAGGGCCCAAAGAUUUCCAUGCCUGAUGUGGACUUAAACAUGAAAGGCCCAAAAGUCAAGGGGGACAUGGAUGUGGCAGUGCCUGAAAUAGAAGGUAAAAUGAAAGUGCCAGAUGUGGACAUCAAAGGCCCCAAAGUGGAUGUUGACGUUCCAGAUGUGGAUGUGCAGGGCCCGGACUGGCACCUGAAGAUGCCCAAGAUGAAGAUGCCCAAGUUCAGUAUGCCUGGCUUCAAAGCAGAGGGCCCUGAGGUGGAUGUGAGCCUGCCCAAGGCUGACCUUGAUGUGUCAGGACCCAAGGUGGACAUUGAUGUUCCAGAUGUGAAUAUUGAAGGUCCAGAUGCAAAACUGAAGGGCCCCAAGUUCACGAUGCCUGAGAUGAACAUCAAGGCCCCCAAGAUCUCCAUGCCGGAUUUGCAUCUUAAGGGUCCCAAAGUAAAGGGUGAUGUAGAUGUUUCUCUUCCCAAAGUGGAAGGUGAGAUUAAAGUUCCUGAAGUUGACAUCAAAGGCCCCAAAGUGGACAUUGAUGUUCCAGAUGUGGAUGUGCAGGGCCCAGACUGGCACCUGAAGAUGCCCAAGAUGAAGAUGCCCAAGUUCAGUAUGCCUGGCUUCAAAGCAGAGGGCCCAGAGGUGGAUGUGAGCCUGCCCAAGGCUGACCUUGAUGUGUCAGGACCCAAGGUGGACGUUGAAGUUCCUGAUGUGAACAUUGAAGGGCCAGAAGGAAAACUGAAGGGUCCCAAGUUCAAGAUGCCUGACAUGCACUUCAAGGCCCCCAAGAUCUCCAUGCCUGAUGUGGACUUAAACCUGAAAGGCCCCAAAGUCAAGGGGGACAUGGAUGUGGCAGUGCCUAAGAUAGAAGGUGAAAUGAAAGUGCCAGAUGUGGACAUCAAAGGCCCCAAAGUGGACAUCAAUGUCCCAGAUGUGGAUGUGCAGGGCCCAGACUGGCACCUGAAGAUGCCCAAGAUGAAGAUGCCCAAGUUCAGUAUGCCUGGCUUCAAAGCAGAGGGCCCUGAAGUGGAUGUGAGCCUGCCCAAGGCUGACCUUGAUGUCUCAGGACCCAAGGUGGACAUUGAUGUUCCAGAUGUAAAUAUUGAAGGUCCAGAUGCAAAACUAAAAGGUCCAAAAUUUAAGAUGCCAGAAAUGAACAUAAAGCCUCAGAAGAUAUCCAUGCCAGAUGUUAGCUUGAAUUUGAAAGGCCCUAAGACAAAAGCAGAAUAUGAUGUCUCAGUUCCUAAAGUGGGAGGAGAAAUAAAAGCUCCUGCUGUUGACAUCAAAGGCCCCAAAGUAGAGGCACCAGAUGUGGAUGUUCAUGGCCCAGAUUGGCACCUGAAGAUGCCCAAGGUAAAAAUGCCCAAGUUCAGCAUGCCUGGCUUCAAAGCAGAGGGCCCGGAAGUAGAUGUGAACCUUCAAAAGGCCAAUAUUGAUGUCUCAGGGCCCAAAAUGGACAUUGAUGUUCCAGAUGUGAAUAUUGAGGGUCCAGAAGGGAAACUAAAGGGUCCCAAGUUCAAGAUGCCAAGCAUGAAUAUACAGACACACAAAAUCUCUAUGCCUGAUGUUGGACUGAAUUUGAAAGGACCUAAACUGAAAAGUGGUGUAGAUGUUUCUCUUCCAAAAGUGGAGGGAGAUUUGAAAGGUCCCGAAGUUGAUGUAGAUGUUGGUGAUGUUGAUAUUGAAUGUCCAGAAGGGAAGCUGAAAGGUCCCAAGUUCAAGAUGCCUGACAUGCACUUCAAGGCCCCCAAGAUCUCCAUGCCUGAUGUGGACUUACAUCUGAAAGGCCCCAAAGUCAAGGGGGACAUGGAUGUGGCAGUGCCUAAGAUAGAAGGUGAAAUGAAAGUGCCAGAUGUGGACAUCAAAGGCCCCAAAGUGGACAUCAAUGCACCAGAUGUGGAUGUGCAGGGCCCAGACUGGCACCUGAAGAUGCCCAAGAUGAAGAUGCCCAAGUUCAGUAUGCCUGGCUUCAAAGCAGAGGGCCCUGAAGUGGAUGUGAGCCUGCCCAAGGCUGACCUUGAUGUGUCAGGACCGAAAGUGGACAUUGAUGUUCCAGAUGUGAAUAUUGAAGGUCCAGAUGCAAAACUGAAGGGUCCCAAAUUCAAGAUGCCUGAGAUGAACAUCAAGGCCCCCAAGAUCUCCAUGCCAGAUUUACAUCUUAAGGGUCCCAAAGUAAAGGGUGAUGUAGAUGUUUCUCUUCCCAAAGUGGAAGGUGAGAUUAAAGUUCCUGAAGUUGACAUCAAAGGCCCCAAAGUGGACAUUGAUGUUCCAGAUGUGGAUGUGCAGGGCCCAGACUGGCACCUGAAGAUGCCCAAAAUGAAGAUGCCCAAGUUCAGUAUGCCUGGCUUCAAAGCAGAAGGUCCUGAAGUGGAUGUGAGCUUGCCCAAGGCUGACCUUGAUGUGUCAGGACCCAAGGUGGACAUUGAUGUUCCAGAUGUGAAUAUUGAAGGUCCAGAUGCAAAACUGAAGGGCCCCAAGUUCAAGAUGCCUGAGAUGAACAUCAAGGCCCCCAAGAUCUCCAUGCCAGAUUUUGAUCUGAAUCUGAAAGGCCCCAAAGUGAAGGGUGAUGUGGACGUGUCUCUUCCCAAAGUGGAAGGUGAGAUUAAAGUUCCUGAAGUUGACAUCAAAGGCCCCAAAGUGGACGUCGAUGUUCCAGAUGUGGAUGUGCAGGGCCCAGACUGGCACCUGAAGAUGCCCAAGAUGAAGAUGCCCAAGUUCAGUAUGCCUGGCUUCAAAGCAGAGGGCCCAGAGGUGGAUGUGAGCCUGCCCAAGGCUGACCUUGAUGUGACAGGACCCAAGGUGGACAUCGAUAUUCCAGAUGUGAAUAUUGAAGGUCCAGAUGCAAAACUGAAGGGCCCUAAGUUCAAGAUGCCUGAGAUGAACAUCAAGACUCCCAAGAUCUCAAUGCCAGAUUUGAAUCUUAAUCUUAAAGGCCCCAAUGUGAAAGGAGAUGUGGAUGUUUCCAUUCCAAAUGUAGAGGGCGAUUUGCAAGGCCCUUCACUUGACAUUAAGAGCCCAAAAUUGGAUGUAAAUGCUCCAGAUAUUGACAUUCAUGGUCCUGAGGGCAAAUUAAAAGGUCCCAAACUGAAAAUGCCUGACAUGCAUGUGAACAUGCCCAAGAUCUCCAUGCCGGACAUUGACUUGAAUUUAAAGGGCUCAAAAGUCAAGGGAGAUGUUGAUAUCUCUGGACCCAAACUAGAGGGUGACAUUAAAACUCCAAAAGUGGAUGUGAAGGGCCCAGAAUUGGACAUUUCUGCUUCUAAGGUCAAUAUUGAUGCGAAAGGAAAGAAAUCUCGUUUUAAGCUUCCUAAAUUUAAUUUUUCUGGGUCCAAAGUUCAGACACCUGAAGUGGAUGUCAAAUUUAAAAAGCCAGAUGUUGAUGUAACAGCUCCAAAAGUUGAUAUUAAUGCUCCAGAAGUUGAAGUCCAAGGCAAAGUGAAAGGAUCCAAGUUUAAAAUGCCUUUCCUGAGCAUUUCAUCUCCCAAAGUCUCCAUGCCCGAUGUGGAGCUAAACUUGAAAGGUCCUAAAGUCAAAGGCGAAUUAGAUGCAACAGUCCCAAAUUUAGAAGGAGAUUUCAAAAGUCCCAAAGUGGACAUUAAAGCACCAGAUGUUCAACUUAAUGCCCCAGAUGUGGAUGUUCAUGGUCCAGAAUGGAAUCUGAAAAUGCCCAAGAUGAAAAUGCCCAAGUUCAGUGUGUCUGGUGUAAAAGCAGAAGGGCCUGAUGUGGCUGUGGACUUACCAAAAGGAGACAUCAAUAUAGAAGGUCCCAGUAUGAAUAUUGAAGGCCCAGAACUCAAUGUGGAAUGUCCAGAGGGAAGCUUAAAAGGCCCCAAGUUUAAAAUGCCUGAGAUGAACAUCAAGGCUCCCAAGAUCUCCAUGCCUGACAUUGACUUAAACCUGAAAGGCCCCAAGGUGAAGGGUGAUGUGGACGUGUCUCUUCCCAAAGUGGAAGGUGAGAUUAAAGUUCCUGAGGUUGACAUCAAAGGCCCUAAAGUGGACAUCAAUGCCCCAGAUGUGGAUGUGCAGGGCCCAGACUGGCACCUGAAGAUGCCCAAGAUGAAGAUGCCCAAGUUCAGUAUGCCUGGCUUCAAAGCAGAGGGCCCAGAGGUGGAUGUGAGCCUGCCCAAGGCUGACCUUGAUGUGUCAGGACCCAAGGUGGACAUCGAUGUUCCAGAUGUGAAUGUUGGAGGACCAAAUGUGAAAGUGAAGGGUCCCAAAUUCAAGAUGCCUGAGAUGAACAUUAAAGCCCCGAAGAUCUCCAUGCCUGACUUUGAUUUGCAUCUGAAAGGCCCCAAAGUGAAGGGUGAUGUGGAUGCUUCCUUGCCUAAAAUGGAAGGCCCCAGUGUGGAUAUUGACACUCCUGAUGUCAAUAUUGAAGGUCCAGAAGGAAAAUUAAAAGGACCCAAAUUUAAAAUGCCAGACAUGCAUAUCAAAGCUCCCAAGAUCUCCAUGCCUGACUUUGACUUAAAUCUGAAAGGGUCUAAAGUGAAGGGAGAUGUGGAUCUUUCCCUCCCGAAGGUUGAAGGUGAUCUUAAAGGGCCAGAAAUAGACAUUGAGUGCCCUGAAGGAAAACUCAAAGGCCCCAAGUUUAAGAUGCCAGAUGUCCAUUUCAAAACUCCACAAAUCUCAAUGAGUGACAUUGAUUUGAACAUGAAAGGACCUAAGGUAAAAGGAGACAUGGAUAUUUCUGUUCCUAAACUAGAAGGGGACUUGAAAGGUCCCAAAGUGGAUGUCAAAGGCACUAAAGUGGACAUUGACACUCCUGAUAUUGACAUUCAUGGUCCCGAAGGGAAACUGAAGGGCCCUAAGUUUAAAAUGCCUGAUCUCCACCUCAAGGCACCCAAGAUCUCAAUGCCAGACGUUGACCUGAAUCUGAAAGUACCAAAGGUGAAGGGUGAUGUGGAUAUUUCUCUACCUAAAGUGGAAGGUGAUCUCAAAGGCCCAGAGGUUGACAUCAAAGGCCCCAAAGUGGACAUCAAUGCUCCAGAUGUGGAUGUGCAGGGCCCAGACUGGCACCUGAAGAUGCCCAAGGUGAAGAUGCCCAAGUUCAGUAUGCCUGGCUUCAAAGCAGAGGGCCCUGAAGUGGAUGUGAGUCUGCCCAAGGCUGACCUUGAUGUGUCAGGACCCAAGGUGGACAUUGAUGUUCCAGAUGUGAAUAUUGAAGUUCCAGAUGCAAAACUGAAGGGCCCCAAGUUCAAGAUGCCUGAGAUGAACAUCAAGGCCCCCAAGAUCUCCAUGCCUAACAUUGACUUAAACCUGAAAGGCCCCAAAGUGAAGGGCGAUGUGGACGUGUCUCUUCCCAAAGUGGAAGGUGAGAUUAAAGUUCCCGAAGUUGACAUCAAAGGCCCCAAAAUGGACAUUGAUGUUCCAGAUGUAAACAUUGAAGGUCCAGAUGCAAAACUGAAGGGCCCCAAGUUCAAGAUGCCUGAGAUGAACAUCAAGGCCCCCAAGAUCUCCAUGCCAGAUUUACAUCUUAAGGGUCCCAAAAUAAAGGGUGAUGUAGAUGUUUCUCUUCCCAAAGUGGAAGGUGAGAUUAAAGUUCCUGAAGUUGACAUCAAAGGCCCCAAAGUGGACAUUGACGUUCCAGAUGUGGAUGUUCAGGGCCCAGACUGGCACCUGAAGAUGCCCAAGGUGAAGAUGCCCAAGUUCAGUAUGCCUGGCUUCAAAGCAGAGGGCCCAGAGGUGGAUGUGAGCCUGCCCAAGGCUGACCUUGAUGUGUCAGGACCCAAGGUGGACAUUGAUGUUCCAGAUGUGAAUGUCGACGGUCCAGAUAUGAAAGUGAAAGGUCCCAAAUUCAAGAUGCCAGAGAUUAACAUCAAGGCCCCCAAGAUCUCCAUGCCAGAUGUUGAUCUGGAGUUAAAAGGACCCAAAGUAAAAGGAGCCUUUGAUGGGUCUGUUCCUAAGAUCGAAGGUACUCUCAAAGGACCUGAAAUAGACAUGAAAGGUCCAGGUCUGGAUUUUGAAGGCCCUGAUGCUAAACUCAGUGGUCCUAAUUUGAAGAUGCCGUCACUGGAGGUAUCUGUUCCUAAAAUAAGUGGGCCUGAUGCUAAUGUGCACCUCAAGACGCCAAAUGUUGGAAUUUCUGGGCCUAAGUUAGGAGGAGGUGAAGUAGACCUCAAGGGGCCUAAAGUUGAUUUAGAAACUCCAAGCUUAGAUGUCCACAUGGAGAGUCCAGAUAUUAAUAUUGAAGGGCCAGAUGUUAAAGUUCCAAAGUUUAAGAAACCCAAGUUUGGAUUUGGUGCAAAAAGCCCCAAAGCUGACAUUAAGACCCCCACAGUUGAUGUGACUGUCCCUGAAGCAGAACUGAGUGUUGAGACUCCUGAGAUAAACAUUGGAGGCAAGGGCAAGAAAAGCAAGUUUAAAAUGCCUAAAAUUCACAUGAGUGGCCCUAAAGUCAAGACCAAGAAACAGGGAUUUGAUUUGAAUGUUCCUGGAGGUGAGAUUGAUGCCAGCCUCAAAGUUCCUGAUGUGGAUGUCAGUGUUGCAGGGCCUGAUGCUGCGCUCAAAGCUGAAGUAAAAUCUCCCAAAGUCAAGAAAACCAUGUUUGGAAAAAUGUACUUUCCGGAUGUAGAGUUUGACAUUAAGUCACCCAAAUUUAAAGCAGAAGCUCCCCUACCCAGCCCCAAGCUCGAGGGUGAAAUCAAGGUACCAGAUGUGGAUAUUUCUUCACCUGGGAUGAAUGUGGAAGCUCCUGAUAUUCACGUGAAAGCUCCCAAGUUCAAGGUGCCAGGCGUGGAAGCCGCAGGGCCAAAAAUAGAGGGCAACUUGAAAGGUCCCAAGGUGCAGGCAAACCUGGACACACCAGACAUCAAUAUCCAAGGUCCGGAAGCUAAAAUCAAAACCCCCUCUUUUAGUGUGUCGGCUCCUCAAGUCUCCAUACCCGAUGUGAAUGUUAAAAUGAAAGGACCAAACAUAAAGGGUGAUGUUCCCAGUGUGGGACUGGAAGGACCUGACGUAGAUCUGCAGGGUCCAGAAGGAAAAAUCAAGUUCCCCAAGUUUUCAUUGCCCAAGAUCAGUGCCCCUGGUGUGAAAGUGGAAGGUGGGAGCACUGAGAUCCAUGCUCAGAUGCCCUCUCUUGAAGGAGGGUUGAGCACAUCAGAUGUUAAGUUUGAAGGGCCUGGUGUGUCUCUAAAAGGCCCAGGAGUGGACUUGCCUUCGGUGGACCUCUCUCUGUCAAAAGUGUCUGGGCCUGAUCUUGACCUGAACUUGAAAGGACCAAGUCUGAAGGGAGACGUGGCUGCCUCCAGUCCCAGCAUGAAGUUGCAUGCCCCAGGUCUUGACAUGAAAGGUGUUGCUGGAAAAGUACAGAUAGGAGCAGAUGGUGUGAAAGUGUCAGGGACUGAUGCCACACCAGCGCUUAGUGUGGGGGCACCAGAUGUGACACUGAAGGGACCAAGUCUCCAGGGAGAUCUGGCUGUGUCUGGAGACAUCAAGGGUCCUAAAGUAUCUGUGGGUACUCCAGAGGUUAGCUUGGAGGCCCUAGAAGGUGGUGUCAAACUUCCCCAAAUGAAACUGCCCCAGUUUGGUAUCUCCACUCCGGGCUCUGACUUGGACAUUAACAUCAAGGGGCCACAAGUUUGUGGAGAACUACAGGGGUCAGGGACGGAUGUGAACCUGAAAGGACCUCAGAUCUCAGCGCCAGGCAUGGACUUUAACUUGGAAGGACCAAAAGUGAGGGGGAGCCUCGGAGCCACUGGUGAAUUGAAAGGCCCAUCGAUUGGGGGAGGUCUUCCAGGCAUCAGCAUUCAAGGCCCAGAAGGAAACCUCCAAAUGCCUGGAAUUAAGGCUUCCGGAUGUGAUGUGAAAGUCUCAUCAGGGCAGAUUUCUGGUCCCGAAAUUAAAGGAGAUCUGAAAGGUUCAGGAAUAGGUCUUCAUGGAGCUGUUCCUGACCUAAGUGUCAAAGGGCCUUCCUUUAAUAUGGCAUCUCCUGAGUCAGAUUUUGGUGUCAGCUUGAAGGGUCCCAAAGUCAAAGGAGGUGUAGAUGUUUCAGGGGGUGUCAGUGUCCCAGAUAUCAACCUGGGUGAAGGGCAUAUGAAUGUCAAAGGCUUUGGAGGUGAGUGGAAGGGACCCCAAGUCUCUUCUUCUGUAAACUUGGAUACAUCUAAACUUGUUGGGAACCUUCAUUUCUCAGGACCAAAGAUAGAAGGAGACGUGAAAGGGGGCCAGAUUGGACUCCAGGGUCCCGGGCUGAGUGUGUCUGGGCCUCAAGGUCACUUGGAAAGUGGAUCUGGAAAAGUAACAUUCCCGAAGAUGAAGAUCCCUAAAUUUACCUUCUCUGGCCGUGAGCUCACUGGUAGAGAAGUAGGGGUGGAUGUCAACUUCCCUAAUGUGGAGGCCAAUGUGCAGGCUGGUGCUGGAGAAGGCGAGUUGGAAGAGUCUGCAGUCAAACUUAAGAAAUCCAAAAUCAAAAUGCCCAAGUUUACCUUUUCUAAACCUAAAGGGAAAGGUGGUGUCACUGGCUCACCAGAAGCAUCCGUUUCUGGGUCCAAAGGGGACCUGAAGAGCUCAAAGGCCAGCUUGGGCUCUCUGGAGGGAGAGGUGGAAGCCGAAACAUCGUCACCCAAAGGCAAAUUCUCCCUAUUCAAAAGCAAGAAGCCAAGAAACCGCUCCAACUCCUUCAGCGACGAGAGGGAGUUCUCAGCGCCUUCCACCCCAACUGGGACUUUGGAGUUUGCAGGUGGAGAAGGUAAAGGCAAACAUGGGAAGCUGAAAUUUGGUACCUUUGGUGGCUUGGGAUCAAAGAGCAAAGGUCAUUAUGAGGUUACUGGGAGUGAUGACGAGGCAGGCAAGUUACAGGGGAGUGGAGUGUCCUUGGCCUCAAAGAAGUCCCGACUGUCCUCCUCCUCCAGCAAUGACAGCGGGACUAAACUUGGCAUCCAGCUUCCUGAGGUAGAAAUAUCAGUUUCCACAAAGAAAGAGUAGUGGGCCUUCAUGCAUGUACAUAUAUAAAUACAUACAACAUCAGCCUUGGGUGUGUUUGUAUAUAAACUCCAAAGGAAACACCCCAGCGGCCUCAGCAAUAAUCAAAGAUCUUGCCUCUGCCAGUGGCAAGUGCGGACAAACCCAAGUGCCUGUAGGCUCCUGGGACUCUGCAGCUCGGUGACGAGUUCUCAGCUUAUCUGGCCCAUGUGCAAAGUCAACAGUAUUUGCCUUAAGAUUUCAGUUUUUUUUUUUUUUUUUGGUUUCUUUUUUUUUUUUUUUUUUGCAUUGAGCGGCUGAGCUCGUGUUUACUAAGCAAGCUUUUUUGCGUUUAUCUUCCCUAUUUUUACUGAACAUCGUUAGUACCUGGGUAACGGGAAACCCACUCCUUUUUUUCAUUGUAAUGACUUUGGGGGCUUUUGUGAGUAAGGGAGGGUGAGAUAAAAGGUGGCAGAGGAGGCGAGGUCUUAAUUGCUCUAAAGGUUGGACCUGUACAAACCGUGAAGCCCUGGCAUGGCCCUGACAAGGCGGCAGCCAAUGGGAUGGUUGUUUCUCAAUCUCUAUAGCAUGGCUUCUUAAUCCCCAGGUGUGUUAGUCCCAGCCUAGUUUGGUGCUCAAGGUGAGAGGGGAUUCGAAUCUGUUUGCCAGUUGUCCAACCCAUCAGGUCAAUGUGAGGGGGCUUACGUUCUGGGUUUGGUAAGAAAAGUAUUCACUCAUGACCGAUGUGUCUUGAGAAAAGUUCCGAUUUCUUUAACAAAUGUCAUCGUGAUUAAAGAAAUGUCUGGCACUUUAAUGACAAAUUAAUGGAGAAUGUAUGAAAGUCAAUGCUGUACAAGCCAAAUAAAGCUCUUUAUUAACCCUGA